GGUAGCGGCGCGGCUCCCCCGCCGGGGUGCCCGGGGCGCUCACCGCCCCCCGGCCCGGCCCGCCCCUCCGCCGCGCUCCUCUCCCCUCCCUCCAAUUUCUCCUUCCUCCCACUCCCCGGCCCCUCGGCCGGGCAAGGCGAGGCGGGAGGCGCCUGCUCCCCGGCUCCUCUGGCGAUGUGGCAGCCUCCCCCUCGCCCCGAGCCUUUGCCCCCGGCAGAGCUGCCCAGCUAAGCGGGGAGGGUGAGGGAGAGGAGCGAGGCGGCAGCGGGGCCGGCGGGUACCAUGAGCGGAGGCAGGUUCGAUUUUGAUGAUGGAGGCGCCUACUGCGGGGGCUGGGAAGGGGGCAAAGCCCACGGGCACGGCAUCUGCACCGGCCCCAAGGGCCAGGGCGAGUACUCGGGCUCCUGGAACUAUGGCUUCGAAGUCGUGGGCAUAUACACGUGGCCCAGCGGCAACACCUACGAAGGCUACUGGUCCCAAGGCAAGAGGCAUGGCCUAGGAAUCGAGACCAAAGGACGGUGGGUUUACCGAGGCGAGUGGACCCACGGCUUUAAGGGGCGGUACGGCACGAGGCAGAGCAUGAGCAGCGGAGCCAAGUACGAAGGUACCUGGAAUAACGGCCUGCAGGAUGGUUACGGCACCGAGACGUACGCCGACGGAGGAACGUACCAGGGCCAGUUCACCAACGGCAUGCGGCACGGCUACGGCGUGCGGCAGAGCGUGCCCUACGGCAUGGCCUCGGUGGUCCGCUCCCCUCUGCGCACCUCGCUCUCCUCCCUGCGCAGCGAGCACAGCAACGGCACCCUGCCCCAGCAGGACUCGCCGGCCGCCAACCCCGAGAGCCUCGCCAUGUCGCCCACCAUCACCCGCGGCGGCUUCGCCCUCAGCCUCUACGCGGACGCCGAGGCCGGCAAGCCCAAGAAAGGGGGCCUCUUCCGCCGGGGCUCCCUGCUGGGGAAGCUGAGGAAGUCCGAGUCCAAGUCAUCCCUGGCCAGCCAGAAGAGCCGCGUGAGCUUCCUCAAGAGCGAGAGCGGCAUCAGCUCGGCCGCCAGCGACGCCACCUCCACCGUCAGCCUGGGCGAGGGCGCCGAAGGCGAGGACUUCCCCCCCUUCGAGUCCGACAUCGACGCCACCACCACGGAGACCUACAUGGGCGAGUGGAAGAACGACAAGCGCUCGGGCUUCGGCAUCAGCGAGAGGUCCAGCGGCCUCAAGUACGAGGGCGAGUGGCUGGACAACCUGCGGCACGGCUACGGCUGCACCACGCUGCCCGACGGCAAGAAGGAGGAGGGCAAGUACCGCCACAACGUCCUCGUCAAGGGCAUGAAGAAGCGCGUGAUCCCCCUCAAGAGCGCCAAGAUCCGGCAGAAGGUGGACCGGAGCGUGGAGGGGGCGCAGAGGGCCGCCGCCAUCGCCCGGCAGAAGUCGGAGAUCGCGGCUUCCAGGACAACUCACGCCAAAGCCAAGGCUGAAGGGUCUGAGCAGGCAGCCCAGGCAGCUAACAACGAGUCGGGCAUAGCCAGGACGAUGGCCAGGGAGCUCUCCCCAGACUUCUACCAGCCAGGCCCCGAGUACCAGAAGAGGAAGCUGCUGCAGGAGAUCAUGGAGAACGCGGAGCACGCCGUCAACAUGGAGGAGGAGCCGCCCCGGCCGGAGGGCGCCCCGCCACCCCCCACGCCGCCCGACAGCCCCCAGCUCCACGAGAAGGCCGCGGCGCACCGCCGGGGGGCCAGUCCGGCGCCCAGCCCCGCGGCCACCCCGCCGGAGGCCAAGCGGCCGAAGCCCGGCGCCCCCAAGGACGGCUUCCUCCGCCCCGGCGCCUGGGACGAGGAGCGCGGCGGCGAGGGCAGCCGGGCCGGCACGCCGGCCGAGGCGGCCCCGGCCGCGGCGGCGGGCGGCAGGGCGGCGGGCGAGAGCCGGCCCCCGUCGCAGGGCUCGGGGCGGCCAAGCGGCGCCCGGGCGCCCGCCGAGCAGAUGGAGAUCAAACCCCUGCAGCGCAUGGCGCGCGAGCCCGACGUCGAGCUCUACCAGGGCUACCACAGCUACGCCGUGAGGACCUCCCCGGUCUCCCCGCCCGCGGACUACGAGGACGAGCCGUUCCCCGAGCCCAGGCCCCCCUCCAAGCCCGUCUCCCCGGAGCCCAGGGCCGAGGCGGAGGCCGCGGGGGACGCCCGGCGCCGCGGGGGGACGCCCGGCGCCGCCGCCGCCCGCCCGGAGAAGCCCAAAGCGGAGGCCGAGCAGGAGCCGGCCCGGCCCGAGCCCCGGCACAAGGAGCCCGGGCAGCGCCGCAGCCCCGAGCGCCGGGCCCCGGCCAGGGCCGAAGCCGCCGCCGAGAGAAAGACUGAGACCAAGGCGCUGGCGAAGGCCGAGCCGAAGGCGGCGGUGAGAAGGGGGCCCCCGGCGGCAGCCGCCGCUGCCCCCGAGGCGGAGGAGUGCGAAGAGGGACCUAACACAAUUGUGAUCUGCAUGGUCAUCCUAUUGAACAUUGGUCUGGCCAUCUUAUUUGUACAUUUUUUGACAUGAUGUGCCCUGAAGACAAGGCAUUGCUGCUGGUGGAGACCACAGACCUUGGCAGGGAUUAAACCCUCAGCCACCUGGAAACAUCUAAGAGGAGGGUUUGAGAUCCCAAGGUUGCACUGCAAACAUGAACCUUAAACAAAAUCUCCUGAAGAUCUGUUCAGCCUCCGUGCUCCCAGUCUGUGGCUGGCCUCUACAAUCUACCAAGAAAAAGCCAGGAUUUAUGCAAUUCAGCCUCCUUGCCUCCUUCUCUUAUUUGUAUGAAAUAGCAGUUGCAUUAAAUUGUUCUCACCAAAGCCAUCAGCUGUCCUACCAUGGCAGGAAUGAGGGAUUUAUCUACAGCAGUAGGAAAAUGAAUGAGAAGGUCUCAUCCAUGCGCGCUCAGAUGUGUUUUUUAACUCCGUUGGUUGACUUAGUGUCAGAGACUUUCCAAAGAAAAUCAUCUGUGUCCUGGAGGAGAAGCAAUACACAGCAACCAAAAUGACUCGUGAGAGCUACGCGAUGUCUGGGAUGGACAGUGCAGCUUCCUGCGCUCGGAAGUCCCUCAGAGGGCUGAACAAAAAGCCUUCCCUUUCCCCAUCGUCUGGAAUUGUUUUCUGCAUAUAGAGGACUGAGAGGGGGAGCAAGUGAAGUUAGACUUGUUGAAGUGUAAGCAGACUCCAGCCGGAUCCCCUGAUGUGCCUGUGGAGGAGCCACAGGUGGGGGCUGCGCCGUGCGGGCUCGCAGGGUCUGCAAAGCCAGGGCUGCCCACGUGAGCGGGGAGCGCUGCGGGGAGACAGGGCCCCAUGGGGACCAGGCACCCUCCCUGCUCCCUCUUGCCACCACCAACUGCCCUCGCAGGAGUGUCUUGCCACAGGUUACAUCCCACUGUAAUUGGAAAGGAAAUAGAUGUGCUGAAUUUGCCCCUUCUCCACUUCUUCUUUGAGAGGGUGAGAGUUAAAAUUAAAAGGAGGUGGCUCACAGAAAAGCGGCCCGCACACCUGCAGGUUCCUCCCCGUCGAAGCCCCAGCCAGUUUCACCAAGGCAGUGAGCUGACUUUCCAGCCAGUGGAUGCGGGGUUGCCAUCGUGGGAGUGGUUAGGUUAUUCCUGAAAGCAAAAAGGUGCAGAAACCUGAGCGUAUACGGGUGUUGGGCUGAAAGGUAUGCAACAGCCAGACUUCGAUCAGUGGUCGUCAAGUACGGAGGGGAAAUUCUGGCUGCUGUUCUUGCAUGUGAGACUUAGAGGCCUUGGCAAUAUGCACUGAUCCUUCCCAGAACUGCAACAGAGAGCAACAUUUGAAGGGAGAUGUUUCCACCCUGAUCUGCUCUGAUCCUCAACAGUGCAAGCUUAGAAAAUCAGCACAGAUAAAGUUGCAGUUUAGCAUGAGGCUGAGCGCUUGGACAUGUUUCUUUCUUCUUAAAAGCAAUAUGUAUUUUAUAUCCCUUUUUAAGGUAAUCAGAAAUGUUAUUUAUGGUCAGUUGUGCACCUCUGUAUCCUGAAGUCCCACAGCACAGGACUGGCAGAGAAAAUCUGAGGGACUGGAAAGAGUGGGGAAAUGAUGGAUAAGGAAAAAAAAAAACAGAUGCCCGGUCUGCUCCAAAUGCCAAUCUAAAAGGAUUUCAAAAACAGUGUGGCAGAUAGGCAGGAGUUUACACUGCCUGGAGACACAGGGCAAAACCUGCCUAGUUUAUUUCCUUUAAUUAUGCCAUAAGAGAGUGAGAAUAAUUGAGUAUUUUUCUUUGUGAAACAAGAUUAUUUUUUAACCUUAUCUAGCUCAGGAAUGUUGCCGCAGUCGCAAUUACAUGGUGUUAACUGUGGGAGAAGUGAAUGCAAUCCCUUUCUAGAAGCCGUGUGGCUAUACCAGUCCUGAAAAGCUGUGCAGCGUCAGCUACACUUCCGCAGAGCAUAGCUUAGUAGCAAUUUGCUUUUUUUUCCUUUUUUUUUCUUAAAUAUUGAUGUAUUGCAGACCCCAGGCUCCACUGCCUUUGAUGCUUUACCCCCAUUUGCUGGCAUUCACUUGCCAGCUCUGCAGUUUUGAUAUGCCAACUGCUUUCAUUAACUACCAAUACAAUUUCUGUUGAGAGACCUGAGGGGCCUUUAUUUAUCACUAAGCACAAAAAUGAAUCUUUCUCAACAAGGCUAAGGCAAUUCCCCCUCCCAUCCCAGUUUUGUAUGCAUGUGAUGUGUACUCAGUUAUAUGCUUUCCUUCUAGGAACAUUCUGAGAAAAGUAGGUAGAUUUGCUUUUACGUGACAUAUAGAUAUAUCCGUAUUGCACUGAGAUAUGGAUAUAUAUAAAUAAAUAUAUAGCCCCUUAGGGAUUUUGUUUUCUUAGAUGCAGAAUAACAAAUUAACAAAUUUACCUCAAACUGCAUGCUUUCAAAACUGACUAGGAUAUGGUGUUAAACUAUUCAGGUCUUACAAAGAUGCAGAUACAUUUCACUCUUCACAAAAAUACCUUCAUCACAGAUUUUGCAAGCCGUUUACUACAAUCUGUAUAAUACUGUCCAGAGUUUUCUGUCGGUUGUUCUGCUGGAUUACGUGCAAUAAUAAACAGUUAUCUGCGCACUGUA